AUGCCUUCAAGCACCUCAAACUCUACUGUCUCAGCGAGUGCGAGUGCCACGUCGACUGCUUCUUGGUGUGCGCCCUCUGCCACCCUUACGGUAUCUAAGAACCCGGGGGUGUGCGACUACAGCAAUGUGACUGCCGCUAUUGCUGCGCUGCCCAAUGACUCGAAGGCAUACACUAUUCAGAUUGGGGCUGGAGUGUACAACGAGCAGAUCUCAAUAACUCGCAAGGGUGAAGUCACAUUGAUUGGGGCUACGAACAGCACUCCGCCGGUCAGGACGAAACCAACGCCUGUCAUCAAUGCUAAAAAGACCAAUGACAACUCUGGUUUGGCUUUGUACAACGUCAACUUUGCCAACGUCUAUCCACAGACGAAGAAUACCGCUGCGUUGGCAGCUGACUUCUACGGUGCUAAUAUUGCCGCGUACGGAUGUUCGUUCACUGGCUUUCAGGACACCUUGCUUGCCAACAAAGGCACUCAAGUGUUCUCGAAUUGCUACAUCGAGGGUUCAGUUGACUUCAUCUGGGGCUAUUCUACCGCUUUUUCCCAUCAAUGCAUGAUCGUCACCAACACUCCUGGCAGCUGUAUCGCCGCUCAGGCUCGAUUCACUGCCAGCAUCACUGGCGGUUAUGUCUUCGACCGCUCCGUCAUCACUUACAGUUCGACCUACGGCAGCUCUUUUGGGCCGAGUUAUCUUGGACGCCCCUACUCGGACAACUCCAUUGCAGUCUACACGAACUCUUUCGUUGAUAAGCACAUCUCCGCUGCCGGUUGGUCUGUGUGGUCACCCAGUGCUCUUCAGAUCUCGAAUGUCAUGUUUAGCGAAUUUGCAAAUACCGGUCCUGGCUCUUGGCAAGAAUCCACACAGCGUGCCAGCUUUGCGACAAACUUGACAGCUACUCAAGCUGCGCAGUAUAAGCUUGCUGCUUGGAUUGGCGACACUACCUGA